AUGGUAUAGCUAUCCAGGCGCCAAGCGAUAAAAAAGUAGCUCGCGAAGACGAAAAAGAAAAACCCCAGAUAUUAGCAUGACCGGGGAGUGAAGCUGUUAGUUGAAGUGAUUCACCGUUCACGUGGAACAAAGAACUUCUAGACUUGGACCUAACCAGUAACACUGACCUCAUAACUCUGGUGAAGACUUUAAAAAGGAUGGCAUCUUCCUGUGAAUUACAAGCAAUUUGGCAUUGUAUCUUUGUUGUCCUCUUUGCACUGAUAAUUGCUCCUGAGUUUGUUUCCUCAAAGACAUCAUAUCAUUCAUCAUCCAGCACUGCAUCUCCAGCUAGGAGGGAGAGGACUCUCAGAGCGGCAGCAAAAGUUAUCGACUUGAUGAAAUCAAACAGACCACAAGAUGGUAACCGUGUACAUCUCAGCAAAGCAGAAGUAGAUGCUAUACGACAGAGGAUAAGAUCAUCUGACGUUUUGGACGACUUGCAAAAGCUAAGCAAGUCAUGGCGUCUGAAGUCUGGGAUACGAGCAACCCAGGCGCCAGAUUGGCCAUGGCCAGUAGACCCUGAUGUCUACUACAACAUGAGUGGUUUGAUCUGGAGUAAAGGUUACCCAGUUGAAGAGUAUACCGUUCAAACUGAAGAUGGCUAUCUCCUAGGAUUGUUCCGUAUCCCGCAUGGUAGACAAAACAACUCCAAAAACACAGGUAACAAACCAGUUGUCUUCCUACAGCAUGGCCUAUUGGCUGCUUCUACCAACUGGGUUGAGAAUUCAGCCAAUCAGAGCCUUGGUUUCAUCUUAGCUGAUGCAGGUUAUGAUGUUUGGAUGGGUAACAUGAGGGGAAACACCUAUUCUAAACGGCAUGCGUGGUUGGAUCCAGAUCAAUUACAGUUCUGGGAGUUCAGCUGGGACGAUAUGGCUCAAUAUGACAUUCCUGCCAUGCUGAACUUUGCCCUCAAGAGGUCGGGUCAAGCUUCGUUGGACUACGUGGGUCACUCACAGGGAACCCUCGUGGCUUUCACAGGAUUCACCCUUGACCUUGACCUAGCUAAGAAGGUCAAACAUUUCUUUGCGCUGGGACCUGUUUACACUGUAGGGGACAUCGAGUACGUCUUGAAGGAUAUUGUCACCUCCGAAGUUGUGCAACUAUUUGCCGAUACACUCUCUUUAGCUGGUAUCGAUGACUUCCUACCUAACAAUUUCCUUACCAAUACGCUUGGAGCUCAGACAUUAUGUGCCUUGCCUGAAACGCAGUUUAUAUGUGAAAACAUCUUGAUGCUUCUCGGAGGUUUUAGUGAGCAUCACCUGAAUGCAUCCAGAGUGCAGGUUUACGUUUCUAAUGAACCAGCUGGAACGUCACUUCAAAACAUGGAGCAUUUCCUUCAGAUGGUGAUAUCUGGAAAGUGUCAGAUGUAUGACUUUGGAGUAAUAGGAAACUUAGAUGAAUAUAAUCAGACCACACCCCCAGAGUACUAUGUUGGGAACCUUACCGUGCCUGUCGCCCUCUUCUGGGGAGAGAACGACUUCCUUGCUGAUCCGCAGGAUGUUGAGAAGCUUAUACCUCGGAUACCUCAUCUCAUUUAUAACAAGAAAAUACCAAACUUUGAGCAUCUAGACUUCAUCUGGGCUGUGGAUGCUAAUAAAAUUGUGUAUGAUGAUAUACUAUCUAUUAUGAAUGGGAAAAUACCUCCUCAUUAGGCCAUGUAAGACAGAUAUCAUAUAUCAAGGGUAAAUUCACAUGUUUGCUUUUUUUCAAUGAGGGGAUUUUUAGAUGUUAUUUUCCCCCUUUUUUGGAGGGGGAGAAGAGAUGGGCCGAGGGUUUCAGCUAUAUAUUUACUUAGACUUUGUUUUCCCCCCUUUUUUUAAGAAGAGAAAUGGUGGGCCAAUGGUUUCAGCUACAUUUACUUAUUAGACUUUCUUUUCCUCCUUUUCUGAAGGAGGGGAAGGGAUGGGUCAAGGGUUUUGGCUACAUUUACUUAGACUUUGUUUUCCCCCUUUAUUGAAGGGGAGAAGGGAUGAAUCAAGGGUUUGGGCUACAUAUCAAUAAGGAUCUGGUGGGUGAUUCAUAAAGCUGGCUGUAAAGUUAUGCGUUACUCCAUGCACACCUGGGUCCCGUCUUACAAAGAGUUUUGAUUGAUCCGAUCAAUCACAACUAUGGACGGCCAACAAUGUCACCAUCUAACAUGCAUGCAUGUUUGUUCAAAAUAUUUUCCAGAUACGAUGUAUAUUCAUACAUUCAUCAUUCUCUUGAAGAUUCAUUGUGUUUUUCUUUGUUUACAAAGGACAUUGAAUAAAUUUCCUGUAGAAAAAAUUAUGACAAUGAUGGAUUUCUAUAUAGUUGGGGUUGAUCGAAUCAAUCGUAACUCUUUGUAAGACGGGGCCCUGGAACUUGGUCCUAGGUGCUAGGUCUGCUACAUAUAGAUUUAUCAUUUAGCUCAAGCAAGGGUCGCAGGUCACAUGUAAGGUCAUUCCUAACUUAGAACAGCUUUAUGAGACACCCUCAAUGAUUAUGAAUUAAUACAUUUUGUGUCAAAUGAUAUGAAGAAGUAUAAAUUUGUGUGAAUAAUAGCAAGUUUGUGCUUCCAAAAUGCUGCUAUUCCAACGGUUUUAAUCAUUCAUUCUAUUAUUAAAGAAAAUAAUAGAUUAAAUGAAUUUUAGUAAUAUAGAUUUUGACAAUCGAGGUUGAAUAAAUAUAUAAUAAUGCAGUGAUGCAUUUCAAAUUGCAAAAAAAAAAUUCCUGCACAAAUGCCAAGGGUGUCUUGUCUUGGGGUAAGUUAAUACUAAACUCAAAUUCAAUGGCCUAAUGUGCAAUCAUUGUUUUUCUAUAUUGUAUGUAAUUGUGAUUUGUGGUGUGCAUGCAUGUUUGAUGUAUCUGUGUACCGGUAAUGGUACCACCAAUUUUUUAUGCUUUAAUUUCUCAGGUUUUUUUUUCUCUUGUGAUUUAAUGUCUUCCAAAGGUAUGCUUUUUUUUGUUUGCUUGUUCAAGUUCUGUAAUAUAUUAUGAAUAACAUGACAAGAACAGUGCUUCCCCUAAAUUUAUUUUCAGAUCCUAAGCUUUAAGUUUAUAACAGUCUCUCUCUGUACUGUACUCAUCCUCCCUGUUUCCACAAUUUGGUUCAUCAUAAACAUCUAGUGAAUUUUUACUUUUUCUCUCUUGAAUAAUAUACCUUUAUUUUGUAUCUGUAAGGUUCAUUUGAAUUAGGAAUUUAGAACAAGAUUAUGUCUGAGAAUGGUUAAACUCACUCAGAUUAUAAAACCAAAAAUACCAAGGAACUUCUUAAAAGUGUAAAUUCUUGGUUGUAAGGUAUAUAUAUAUAUAUCCAUAUAAUAUGUAGGUUACAAAUUUCAAACAGCAUGCAUUGAAAAAUACAUAUUAUACUCUUAAAGGAACAGAGUCAAUGCUGGAAUUAAAGGCAACAUUUCGCUCAUGAUAAUAGGUCAUAAGGAAUUAUAUUCUUGAAAAUACCUCUUUCACAAUAUUGGACAACUAUCAGACAAGAUUGAAUUUUGUCAUCGCCUUUUCUUCCAUAUAUCAGGGAAAUCAAUCUAUUGAUUAUAAUUGAUUGUUUGCGUGUACUAUGUCAUAUUACUGUGACAAGUCAUGUGAACUAA